AUGAGCUCCUCCUUCUCAUGCUUCAUGUGUAAGCAGCCCAGGCUUUCUGCUUCAGCUCACUUCUAUCCUGAUCACCAGGGCUGACAGCCACACUUCCAUGUCCCAUACCUCCAGGCUUUUUUUACUAUAAAGGGAGAACACAAUUCAACCACACGCUGUGCACUACUGCAAAAAGCAAUUCUAGUCAAAAUACAACUUGCCUGGAAGGAGAGACAUACAGACUGGAUUAUUAUAAGGAAAUCUACAGGAUGAUAAACCAAGCAUUUACGUUGAACUUAUCAUGAAGGCAUACACACACAGGAGGAGAAAAACAGUAGCAGCCAGUGGUCAAUGAGAUGCUACACAUUCCUCUUUAACUAAAGACGACAUAGUUUUUAGUCAGUAUAUCCUAGAGAAAAUGAUUCCUCCAAGCGACACCAUGGGAGACAGCGUGGAAAAAGAUGAUGAACUUGGAAACACCGAACAGCCUCACUCUCCAGCUUCCACCAGUAGCCAAGAAUCAAAGCUUCAGAAACUAAAGAAAUCACUGUCAUUCAAGACCAAGAGUGUACGCAGUAAAAGCGCUGAUAACUUCUUCCAAAGAACUAGUAAUGAAAUGAAAUUCCAAGUAGAUUUGGAGCCAGAAGGUAGUCCAACCAAUGCCAGUCAGAUCCAAAGCUCAGAGACUCAGCCGUCAACUCCAACCAAAGUCCCACAGCCACCUGACAGCAAAGCACAUGUUUUUCAGGAACACAUCUUUAAAAAGCCCACUUUUUGUGAUGUAUGCAACCACAUGAUUGUAGGAACGAACACAAAACAUGGCCUGCGAUGCAAAGCCUGCAAAAUGAGCAUUCAUCACAAGUGUGCGGAAACAAUUGCUUCACAGCGCUGCAUGGGAAAACUGCCAAAAGGUUUUCGACGCUACUAUAGUUCACCAUUACUUAUACAUGAGCAGUUUGGAUGCAUCAAAGAAGUAAUGCCUAUUGCUUGUGGAAACAAAGUAGAUCCUGUCUAUGAGACUCUACGAUUUGGAACCUCUUUGGCACAGAAAAACAAGAAGAGCAGCUCUGGAAGUGGGUCCGACUCGCCCAAUAGGAGCUCUACUACAGAUUUACUUGAAGUUCCAGAAGAAGGAGAUAAUCCGUAUUUAUUGGAUAUAGGCAGACAACGUAGUGAUAGUGUUUUUAGCUACUUAGAAAAUGGUACAGAAAAUAUAAAUGAAGAACAGCAGCAGAGCGAAAUCCACUCCACGAUUCCACUGUUUAAAGAUGCAGUAGAUACUUAUGUUGCCUUGUACAAAUAUGUACCACAAGAAAAUGAAGACUUAGCAAUGAGACCUGGAGAUAUAAUAACUAUACUGGACGAUUCGAAUGAGGACUGGUGGAAGGGUAAAAUCGAGGACAGAAUUGGUUUCUUUCCUGCUAAUUUUGUACAAAAGGUCCAAAGCAAUGAGAGAUUUUUUCGUUGUACAAGAACGUUCAUUGGGAGCAAAGAACAAGGACAGAUAACACUUAAGGAAAAUCAGAUAUGUACCAGUUCUGAGAAGGAGAACAAUGGAUUUCUUAAAGUCACCUGUGGGAAAAAAAAUGGAUUUGUACCCAUUGAUGUUUUAGAAAAUAUCUGACGCUAGGAUUUGGCUGUAGCUUUAAUUCAAGCUUCCUAGAGAUAGGUGUGUGCGUCAUAGGGCGUUAUCUGAUACUGUUGGUCUCACACAAACCAACUCAGAAUGGAUUCACAGUUGUACGAGAACUGAAUCAGGAGAUAUGGACUGUUAGAACUCUGGAGAGAUACAAAAAGUGACUUAUAGAAAAGCAUACAAAAUUUUCAGCUGGAAAAAACGAAAAUGCUGCAAUGUUAAUCAUGAACUUUAUUAAUGAAGUUAUAGCCUCUGUCUAUUAUUUAACACUGCUCAAGUCUAUAUUCAACCUUUUCUUAGGAUCAGGGUUCAAGGAGAAGAGCAUUGGGUAUAUCACUGCCUUUACUGGGACAAACGUGUUUCCAUAGCCCACUCUUCUUGUAACAUUGGAGCAAUGAUUUUACCUCCCUACAAACAGUACAGUAGACUGUAAGCCCUAUAGGGCAAAAACUGUGCCUGUGUCAUUUAUUGCUAAGUUAUGUGUCAUUUCCUGUUAAACACAAUUGUAUUUUAUAUCACCAAAAUAGUUGAGGAAUAUAGGUGUUACCUUAAAGCCCUUCAGUCAUAUAUAUUACUUUCUUUACAUUGCACUUAAAGGGGUAUUCCAGGCAAAACCUUUUUUUUAUAUAUAUAUAAACUGGCUCCGGAAAGUUAAACAGAUUUGUAAAUUACUUCUAUUAAAAAAUCAUAAUCCUUCCAAUAGUUAUUAGCUUCUGAAGUUUUCUGUCUAACUGCUCAAUGAUGAUGUCACGUCCCGGGAGCUGUGCAUGAUGGGAGAAUAUCCCCAUAGGAACUGCACAGCUCCCAGGACGUGAGUCAUCAGAGAGCAGUUAGACAGAAAACAACAACUCAACUUCAGAAGCUAAUAACUAUUGGAAGGAUUAAGAUUUAUUAAUAGAAGUAAUUUACAAAUCUGUUUAACUUUCCGGAGCCAGGUGAUAUAUUAGUUUUAAAAGGGACUAACUUCUCUCCCGGAUUCCCAGUUGCUGCUAUGCCAAGGCCGCUCACCAGGCUCCUGUUCAACUCCACUUCAUAGUCCUGUCCUGGCUUAAUGAUUGGUUAAGUUUUCAUUUAAUCAUUUCAUGUGUGGUGAGACAGUACUAGGAUGGAGGAGUUGACUAACCUUUUUUUUUUUUCUUUCUUUUGAAAGCCAGUCUUCUCCUUUUUAAACAAUAUUUUUUUGCCAGACAUUAUUUUAAACUAUAAAUAAUUAUUCUAUAACAAAAUAUAUACAUAUACAGAACAUAUAGAAAAGUGAGAAUACAUGUUUUAAUGGCUCAUUUAUAGGAAUGUACACCAACAGCAGGAGGCCUCUAUGAUGAGCUACUGGAGGGUAUGAGAUCCAUUUACUAUUCAUGCACAGAACACCCCUUUAUGUCUCUCUAGCAAUCCACCAGUUAAAUUAAGCCAUGAAAUUAAUCCAGUCUCUUAUAUUACUAAUAUAUUUAGGAAUAUUUUAGCUGCUUUUAGGUUGCCAGUGAGGGCCUUUACCUACUGUGCUACUAAGCAGCGGAACAGGUUGAACACAUAGUAUUGUUAAUUACGGUUAAUUAACUGUUAAUACCUGAGACUUGGAUAUACCAUAUUUUUUGGACUAUAAUACACGAUUUUUAGCAACAAUAAAUCUUGUGUGUGUCUUAUAGUGCACUGCCAGAGGGAUCAAGCAGUGCCAGACACCCCUAAUGGCUUCCUUAAUGAUAACACAUUGCUCUCAUAUAGUGUGUGAUCAUUGAAUUAUAGCUGCCUGCAACCAAUCCGGCAGACAAUAGACUUUAAGGAACUCCACAAAUGCUGGUGCACAGACUAUGAAAAACAGCAUCACAGGUCAGGUGACACAGGUAGGGACCUCUCUUGAACAAGGGCAAAACUUGGCUGUCUGGUAAAGUUUCCUCUCCAUUCUCUGGCUGCUCCUUUCACUGAAUUAAACUUAUUGCAGUAGAAACCCGUAUCCUGGAGAAAUUCCAGUUACAUUAGCUGUAGGGAAGCAGUGUAAAGGUUAAACUUCUUGGCUUCUUUCUGCAAUAUAUAAAAAUCAGUGAUAAGGAAACAGGAGCAGCCAAAGAGAAAUCAGUAUGCACCCAAUGACCUGACUGGUUUGUGCAUUUUUUGCUACUGAAAUGAAUUUAGUUUAGAGCAGCAUAAGGGUGAAAAUAUCUUUCAACACUGAUGUAAUAUUUUUUUAAUGAUAUUUCUGUUUUCAAUGUAUAGUAGAUAAUUGUGACUAUUUUCUAUAAAUUUGUUAAUAUUUAGUUAAAUUAAAAUUGACUGAGACAUGUUUAUAUUCUUAUAGGUAGCCCAUUAUUACCCCUGUGCCCUCUGCGCUUGUGAUAUGUGUCAGGUUUUAUAGAGUGUACUUAUCUGAGCUUCCACAAUGAAAUAUUAUGAUUUGUCCCAGUCUAAUAUUAGAGUGAAGACUAACAGCUAUUUCCAAUAUAACCAACAAAACAUUUAAAAACUGCUGUGUAUAUAAAAAGACCAAUUCUGAAUAAUUUUUGUAAAUUAUCAUUGAAGUCCAAUGAAAUUCAUAUUGCCCUUCCAUGUUGUCACUAAAUAUUUUAACUACUUUUGAAAUCAUAUUUUAUCAUAUGGCCGAGUUAGUCAAAAAAUAAUAAUGACCCCAUAUGACGCAAGUUGCUUACAUAUUCCAUUAACACACAGUUAUAGUUGUAUGCAUAUAACGCAGUAUUUUGUCUUCAAUAUUGCAUCCAGGGGACCUGACAGUACCCAAAUUAUAAGAUACUUAGGAGGACCAAACGACCAAUGUAAAAGGAUGAAAAGCUCACUUGUAAAAGUAAAAUCUUUUACUAAAUGGUUUUAUUAAGAUGAUCCCAUUGUUUUUAUUUAUUUGCAUCCUGGGUGGGACAUCCUUGGAUGUAUGUACUGUAUUGUUUAUCUUCAUGUUUUUAAUCAUUAUACCAAAAAGAAAGAUCAUUUCUGUAAGGUUUUUCUUUCCUGUUCAAGCCCUUCUUUAAACUCUACCACAGUACCAGCCUGGUUUACUUAAAUUGUGCAAACCUAUUUUUAACUCUUUACUCUGAAAAUGUAGCAUAUCUUAUAAAUAGAUAUGGUUGUUUUAACAAUAAUGAAUAAAGCUUGUAUUUCACUAGA